AUGCAAUUAAUUGAUCUUAAUUAGGCUAUUUACGUGAUAUCUUUGAUUUACGUCUCCAUGUACAGACCAGCUGGUGACAUCUAUGAUAGUGAAGGUAACAAGGUUGGAGAGAGCUACGGCAAUACUAAUAUGGAUUAUUUCGGGCUUAUAUUAUUUGGACUGGUAACUAGGACUACUUAUAGAAUGAUUUGCAACUCGCUUGAAGAUGGCUUGUAGCCAGAAUACGCAUUAGAUAUAUUUGCAAUUAACUUAUUCUCUCAAUUAUUACUAUCUUUCACUCGCUAUGGCUGGUGGGUCUACAUGCUAGUGCCAUGCUAUAUUGGCUAUAAAGUUUCAGGCUGGAUAUGGGCUUAUCUCUCCAGAACUACUGCUCCAGCCAAUGAUGCCUAGGAAGAGAUUGACCCAAAGCUCGCUAAGAAAUAGGCAAAGGACAAGAAGAAAGAGGAUCUGAUUGAAGAUGAUAAUAUAAUUUCAAGGCAUAAAGUUCAGUCAACCAUCAGCUACCUCAGGCCAGUUAUGGAUUCGAGGAUUACUACAAAUUAAAAAAAAUAGAAUUUAUUGACUCCCACAACAGCUACUCAUACAUAGCUUGGUCUUGCCACAUCACAUCCCGUUAUUCAGUUCAAUGACUCAAGUAACAAUGUCUAUCAUAGUGUGCUGCAGUCUAACAGGACUAAUGGAAAACCUUAAACUAAACAGCAAACUGUUAGAUCUGGAGUACCUAUCGGGAUUGGGAUGACAAGUCCUCGAUUAACUGCCAAUAGGCAGAAUAAAUCAACAAUAAAUGAGAAACAAAGUAACUAAUUUGACAGAAAUAUUGAUAAAUUUGGCACUCCUAAAUCUAGCGAGCGAAGCCUGAUAACUAUUCAUGGAAUUCAAGAUGCUGAAAACUUCGAAAAAGACAUCAAUGACAUAAUGAACAUAGUAGAUGAUAUUGAGAAAAAUCUCAAAACAGUAAACUUUAUCAAAAAGCCUAGAAUAAAUAUGCAAUCUAUCUUGAACCAGAGUGCUAAUAUCGUCAAAAUAUCUAAAAUGAAUAUGGAAUAGAGAAGGCAGAGUUAGCAAUACACACAAAGAACAGCCAUGAUUGGCGAUGGAGAGUCUUCAUAAGUUAAAAAAGGCAUUUCUCAUAACUUUUUCUUUCAAAACUAAAUAGGAAGUAGAUGCCGCAAAAAUAAUAGGCCAUUCAGAGGCACAAUACUGAAUCAAUCUUCUAUAGAGGAUCAAAAUUUCAACAGCAACUAAGCAUAAUAAUAGCAUUAAAGGGAUGUAUUAGCAAGGAGUAUGGAGCUGAAAAGACCUCAGAAUUUCAAAAUCAGAAAGUAGUAUAUCAAAGGGUAAAAUUCUAUUGAUCGUAAUCAUGAAAAUGCCAACGUGAAUACUACUCAAUAAACCAUUAAUAACAAGAAUAAGGUAGAAAUCUAUGAAAACGGAAUCAUACCUAAUAAAUUGAUCCUUUAAAAUCCAUUUAAGAUAAGAUCGCCUAAUAAUCUCGAGAGGCCUGUUAUGACUAAUUCUAAAUUUAACACUGUAAUUGAUACUGAGAAUUCAGCCCAUUAUGAUACCUAAAGUAGCCCUGACUAAUUCAGCAAUAAUAUAAGGUCAGUUCAGAAAAAUCUCGAGAACAUUAUGGUAUAAGACAUGAAUUAGACAAUGAGAUAAUCUUUCAAUCAUUAAUAAUCUAUGAAUUCCUCAUCAAAUGGCAACUCGAAGAUCGUACAGCAGCUCAUUGACUAUGAUCAACUCCUGAUUCAAAUAUUCAACUAGAGAAAGUUCAGAUACGUCUCUGAAUUUUACAAUCAAAAUGACUCUUAAAAUGAAGAUGGUUUUACAGAGUCUAAAAUCAAUAUAGACAUAGCUCACAUUGAAAAAGAUCAAGAUGAGGAAUUAGUCAGGAAUCGGGCAUAUGAAUUUUUAAUGAGUGAUUUACAAGAUCUGAGGCAGAUAUACACAGUUGAACUUUAGAAGAUGAUUUAGCGCUUGGAGCAAUAAGAUGAUGAAUUUUCUAAAGAACGCCAGUUCUUUUUAAAGCAAGCAAAAAUCAAUGAGAAAACUGAAUAGGACUUGAGAGCUAGGAUAUCAUAUCUAGAAUAAGAACUAGAUGAUGAGAAAAAUCAUAAUAUCGAAACUCUCAUUAGGGAAAACGUGGCUAGUGUGUGUGAAAUAGCUCUCUUGAAUUAUCAGACAUAAGCUAGCAGACAUUAGGGUUAGACGCAAAUGGAUGCAAACCAAGAGGAAAAGAAAUAAAAGUAGAUGAAUUACAAGGAAUUGUAUAAUGAAUCGAGAUAGCAAUAUAUCUAUGAGUUAAAGAUAAAUAAAAAAGUACUUAACAUGAUGGAAAAUAAGGUCUCUAACCUUAUUGCUGAAAACGGGUCUCUGAAUAAUUACAUAGUGAAGCUUAAAGCUUUAAAUGAAGAGAUUGAGAGCAUGGCAAAAAUAAGAGAAGAUUAGCUUAAUGGAUAAAUUCUCAAGAACAAGGAUCUAUAGGGUCAAAUGGAUGCAUUGGUAUAUCGGGAAUAAAAUUUAUAGGCGCAGCAAGUCCCUGUGUACGAGUUUGACAAAUUAAAUGCAGACUACUAAAAAGCAAUAGAUUGUGUUGGCAGUCUAUAGAUCAGAAAUCAAAUACUAGAACAAGACAAGAAGCUUUUAGUGUCUUAGCUAGUUAAUGUUAAAAACUCUAUUUCCUGGAUAAAUAAUGUUCUAGGAUAAAAAUUUGCAGACUUUACUGAGAACAUUGCAGAAAAAAUGAAGAAGCUGAAUAGUAAAGUAGAGAAGAUUUAAUUUAUCUUUAAUGAGACGCUUUUAUAUACAAACAAGACCUAUUUCCUAGAAGAGAUUUAUAAAAUGAGAUCUGAGGUCACUGAACUAAAAAAGAAAAAUGGCUUGCUUAGUGAAAGAAUUAAAGUGAUGAAACACCAUGUAGAUAAUGGUUUGUAAAAGUAAUAGGCAUAUAGUGAAAGUAACACUUCUUCAUAAGUGCGAUAAGAAAUUUAGCGAAGAUCUCCAACUAAUUCAAUUAGCUCAAAUCAUAAGGGAAGACAUGUGAAGAUUAAUUCAGGUGUUACUGUGCCGUCACAUCUAGAAUAUGACAGAGAAGUGAGAGCAAUUCACACUGAUUUCAAUGAUUCAAGCAAUAAUACUCAAGAAAUUGAGGAAUAAUCUCAAUCUUAAUGA